UUCGUGCCAUCCGUCCGCCAGAAAAAAUAUUCCGGGACGAAGGCGAUCUCCUUUCAUUCUCUCUUCCUCGAGACUCGACAUCUCUUCGUUAUAAUGGCAGAGCACGUAGGUGAAUUUGUUUACAGCAAGAAGGACCUCAUAGGACAUGGGGCGUUUGCUGUUGUUUUCAAGGGAAAUCACCGAAAGGUGAGAGCACAUUUAAUUUACCGGGGGACCCACGAAAGUAAAAUUACUAAGUGAUCAUUCGUUUUCUAAAAUUUUGCUCUCGUCGUCAGACACAAGUUAAGUAUACUGCUUUGUAAACUUGAAGUUAGAAGUCUUUUUUUUGUUAUUGUUUUAUCUUUUUAGGUAACUGUUCAACUUGCUUACUUUAUAACUGAGCUUACUUUUGUAGAGCAAUGACAAUUUAUUUCCCUUUGGCUCGCUCUAGCUAUAUAAACUUAAGCUUAAUUUUAUUUAUCUCGAUAUUGAUGUUCCUCGGUUACAGGGAAACUACACUUCAACGAGAUAAGCCACUAUAGUAUAUAUCUUAAAAGAAAAGAUUUGCGAAAGUAAAAGGUUUUGUAUACGCUAAAUUAUCCUCUUUUAUCGGUCCAAAUGCAUGAAAUCGAUCUCAAGAUCUUUUUCUGGUUCAAACCUUUCCUGCUUGCAGAAGGACGAUUUUGUUGUUGCUAUUAAAGUAAUUGCGAAGAAAAAUCUUUCCAAGACCCAGAAUUUACUUGCAAAGGAGAUCAAAAUUCUGAAGGUAAGACCGGUGUAUCUUCUUUAUAUAUUUUAACAUUAUUGGUACCUACAUGGUCUGGUAACUCGGACUUAGUGCAUGAUAAUUCGUUGUUAUUGCAUGACAGUGUAAACAUGCUGUACCCCCAGGGACACAAAGAAAAUUCUCAACUAUCCUGUGUGAAAGGAUACAAAGGAUGAAAGAACGCACGUGAUUAUUCCAUGAUCAGGUUUUGCUUCUGCAAUAUAGCUUAUUUAUCUUUCCUCCACAUUAAUCAUGCUUGCUGCCAUGCAAUCUUACGUGAAGUUGCUGUUUUUUGUUAACGUUGUUAACAUUUUUAUCGAAAAUUUGAUCCUUUUUAUAGGAACUUCAUCACGAAAAUGUUGUCUCACUGUUUGACUGUCAGGUAACAAUCGUUUUUCAUCUUUUUUGUAUUUUUUUUUGCAAAAAGAAUUUUUGUAAAUAAAAGUCAAUAUUAUGCAUACCUAAAUGGCUAUCAUAUUUGAGUGCCAUUGAUGUUUUCCAUAAUUUUGCUUGCUUACAUGGUAUCUGGGAAUUUACAUAUGUUGGCUUUUUUCCAGUAACAAUAGUUCUGUAAAGAAACUUGCGAUAUUAUAAAAUUGAUAAGUUUUGGAUAUUGUUAAGUUCAUGAUAAGAGGGAUAAAGUAAAGUUCAUGAAAGUUGUCAUAUAUUUUUUAAGAGUGUGGCUUGUUUUCAUGAGCAAACAUACCCCUCCCCACCCCACUGAAAUGAUUGAUUUCAACAAAAUUAUUUUUGUGUUUUGUAGUUAAGGAAGAACUAAUAAAAAGUACAUGAAUUCCAUUUGUUUAUCUACACAACAUGAUUCAAAACUUUUGUCAAAUUAAUGUUAUACCUGUACUUCAAGAUCAUAUCCCUCACGGUGCAAAGAAAAUCAUUUUUACAGCUUGCCAUUCGGGCAAGCUGAAGCUAGCAUUUACUAGCCCAGGCAUCAUUUCAACUACUAGCGCCAAAAGCUUUUUGACAAGCAGAAUUGAUUUCACAGUUCUUCUGUUAUUCGAAUUGCUCAAAAAACAUCACUUGCCCAUCGGGCAAGUUAAAAACAGAAUUCACCAGCCCCAUAGCAAAAUCCACUAGCGCCGGGCUAUCGGACAUUACUUUCUUUGCACGCUGCCCUAAACUAAAAUAUCAGCUAAAACAAUAUAUUAUGGGCAAAUUUUAGAAAAUGUUUCAAACACAGGACCCCAUAUUUCCUUAUCUCUGAUAUUUAUAAGAUUAUUGGUCCCUUAAUUUUUUGAAAUCAGGCACCCAUGCCAUGCUGCAAGAUUUCAAGAACUCAUACAUUGCUUCUAAUUUAUGUUUAGGCCUCCAGAUUUCUGUCUCCAACUGUGCUUUAACCACCAGAGUUCUCUUGUUUUGCGUAAAUGAUGGUUGAUUUUGAUGGGUUUUUUUUUAUCAUAGGAGACUUCAAGCAAUGUUUAUCUUGUUAUGGAGGUUGGUAUUAACUCCUUCCACUUGUCACAUUAUUCCUGGAAAUCCUGAAAUGCUGUUAUGUGAAGUAUUGCUCUGUUAUUUUGUUAGUUAACCUCAGCUUACUUUUUAUUUUUUCAAUUUCAUGGUGAUGGAUUGUUCCUAAGUUGUAAACAAACAAAAGUAAAGUAUAUAGAAAAAAUAUUAAUUUUGUUAAUUCUGUAUUUUCUCAUGUCUUCAUUUUCCAGUAUUGCAAUGGAGGGGAUCUUGCGGACUAUCUUCGUGGUAAUAGAUUGAUUAAUACCAACUUCUGUUGUUACUGUAACAAUAAAAAUGUAUACUAACAAACUAGCAAGAUCAUUAUAUUUAUUAUUUAUUAUUUAAUGUACGUAGGUGACGUGUGUGUGUAUGUCUGUGUGCCCUUCAUUCAUACCAAGUACAUUUUAACAGUUUUUCUUUGGUACAUGUAAGGUCUUGCUCUCAGGUUUUGAAUACAAACUUUUCUGUAGUCAAACAUUUUGACUGAGUUAAUUUUUCUUGUAUGUUGUGUAUCAAAGAAAGCACAUGUACACCUGGUCAGGGAAGUAGUACUUUAUUCACAGAAGUUGGCAGAUCAUCUGUUAAAUUAAAAUUUUAAGUAAUUUUCCUUAUAGGUCUAAAUUCAGUAACUUUUCUUUUGUUGCAGAGAAAGGAACUCUCAGUGAGGACACAAUUCAAAUCUUUUUGGGUCAGAUAGGUGAGCAUCUAUUGAGUUCUAGUGUUAAUGUCAUCAUCAUCAUCACUUCUGAUAUCGUCUGCUAAGGUAAUCCCUGGUUAAAGCUUUACAGUGCUAGCCUUCACUACAUGUAUACCAUGAGUGUGCCUUAGUUUUGUAUAUCUUGUGGCCAGGGAUGUCAGAAAGUUUUUAACUAGCAGGCUGAUAAUGAAUAGGAGGCGGCUUUAGAACUCACACCAAAGGCACAAGUUCUUGAGGGCUGAGGCACCUAGGGACAUUUUGAAACUUCUAAAGUCUCGCAAAUGGUGCCAUGUUGUUUCAUCAGAAUACAUGCAAGACUGGGAACAAUGCUGUCAAAAUGUCCCAGGUGUUCCAAGACAACGAACGAUUUGAACGUUUCACAGAUCUAAACCUGUUUGAAUAUGCGUUCAUUGUCAUUCAAAAGUGGGAAAUGGAUGCUUUACAGUUUUAUUAGAUGGUGCUUAUUUUUUGUUAGCAGUUAUGGUAGAAGGAUGUGAAAGUAGCAGGCGGUUUUGGCCGGCUACCGGCCCCUACUGACAGCUCUGUGUGGUUCGAUUUUAUCCUUGGUUUAAAUGUUUUUCAUUGUUUCAAACUCAUUACCAUACCCCAAAACAAAGGAAAAUAAAAUUAAAACCAAGGAUAAUAUUGAACUACAACAUACAUGUACACAUCAAGCCUUUGCUCUAAUGAUGUACAUCAUGCACCUUGUGUGUAUUAAUGUUAAUUUAUACACAGGGAGGACAUUUUAGGGUGGAAUAACACCAUUCAAUGUUUCUCAAUUAUGGUAUACAUGUGUACUCAGACAUGAUCUUCAUAAACAAAUAUUUGCUGUAUCAUGCCUGUUGAUUGUCUCUUAUAAAAUCCGAUGAUGCUGAAAUUUGUUAACACCUUUACUCUCUGAGGGAUGAAGUUGUUUCAUUAUUAUUGUUUUUCCUUGUAAGAAUAAUUUUUUUAUUUUGUUUAUCUUUAUUUCUUAAAUAUGUUUUUAUCUACAGCUUCUGCCAUGGGCACAUUGAAGUCCAAAGGUGUGGUCCACAGAGAUCUGAAGCCCCAAAAUCUUCUCCUGCAUCACACAGGGGUGGCAAAGCCCUCUCCAUCAGAUAUCAAAAUCAAAAUUGGUAGGCUGUGUCCUUUGUAACUCAUGAAGGUUGCUAUUUAUAUUGUUUGUUGUUUUCAGUUUUGUUUGUGUAGACUUGAAGUUAAGAGUAUUCAUUAUCAUGUAACUGCAGACAACUAUGAAAAGAUUUCAGAGGCUAAUUUAUAACAAAAAAUAGUUGAAAAUUUUGUAGACUUACAUGCAGGAAGCUGUCCAUAGUGAUGGUAAUAUUUUACUCGCUUGUUAAUGCUACAGUGAUUAGGUUCUAGGUAAAAUUAGAACUGCCCUGUUUAAUUUUUGUUGUUAUUUUCUCUUGAGACAAAGGAUGAAUUCUCCAUGUACCUGUGUUGUUUCUUCCUGGAAAUAUCUUGUCCAUUGUUAAAUGCUCUGGAUGAAAAAAGUUAAUAAAAAAAUCUACAGUUGAUAUUUAAUGUUAGAAAUUCUGAGAAGCCUAUUUUGAAAUCAUUUUGUAAAGAAGUGCUGAUCUGUUGUAAAUUUAAUUUGUAAAUCCUUUCUUCAGCUGACUUUGGGUUUGCAAGGUUCCUUCCUGGUGAGAUGAUGGCAGCUACAUUGUGUGGAUCCCCAAUGUACAUGGUGAGUAUCUCCUAGUAAGCCUUUUGUUGAAAUUGUAAUUAUUAUCCUGUUAAAUGGUAAGUCAUCACUCUUUCUGUUUGGCACUACAAGCUACAUAUAUAUGCCAGAGAUACUGCUCAAAUCUCCCAGUAUGCUGUAUGAUCAACAAAUCUGUCGCAUAAAAUUGAAUUCGGAGCUUUUUUUGCUUUAGUUUAAAUUUUGGAAAGACUUGUACAGUUGUAUUUUAUCAAUUACAACACCAUUCCAUCAUAAAAGGGUAUUUUGACUGUCAAUACCUCAUGUUAAACUUUGUUUAAUGUCCUUGCCACAUCCAUGUUACUUCAGGGGACUUGGCUGAUUUGUAACUGAGUAAGGGGGGGCGGGGGGAGAGGGACUGCAAAAGAGACAAUCUCCAGAUUUUGGACAGAGGUUGGCAUAAAAAUGCAGGGAUCAGCUUCCAAAGGUAUCAUCUUCAUAGGACCUUUUCACACCCAUUGGUGCAUACAUGUAGCAUGUACUCAAAGGUGUGGCCACUUCUUGGUCAUUUAGCUUUUACCCUAAGAACUGCUGAAUUGUACAUUGUAUUAUGUGCAGGAUGCAGUUUCGGCCAGGGAAACUGUAACAGGGUUUUAAAACAACUGUCCCUAGUGUACAGUCAUUGGUGCACCUCCAAUUAUUCAUUGAUAAGAUAUUUAUUUUGUUGUAGGCUCCUGAAGUUAUAAUGUCCAAAGCUUAUGAUGCCAGGGCUGAUCUGUGGAGUGUAGGAACCAUUGUUUACCAGUGUUUAACAGGAAAAGCUCCCUUUCAGGUUUGUUUCUCGUAGGUUAUUCAACUUAUAUAAGGCAUCUGUGCACUUUACCUGUUAAACCAUCAGGGCUGUCGAGAAGAUUUCAAGUUGCUGGGUAUGUUCAAUUUGUAGGCAGGGAGUUUAACACCUGGGCUUUUGGUUUUAAUUUCCUUUUGUUCUUGUGAAAGUAGCCAGUAGUCAUGUUUAUAAUGCCAACAGGAAAUCCCCCACCCACGUUUAGUGACACCCCUGUUACCAUUGAAUACAUAACUCACUUCCUAUAAUGAGUAUGUAAAAGAUAAAAAAAUUAAAGAGUCUGGUUACAUAUUCUCUGAACAAAACAUCUGGUGUAGUAUGGCAGGUCUAAAAUACAGGCCACAUUCCAGAGGUCAGAGUACAAGUCACCAUGCUACAUAUAAAUAAACAGAACUAAGUGAUUCCUAGACCUAACCACUGUUCAAAAUGUUUUUAUAGGUAAAGGGUAAUUAUUGUUUGGUGCUUAGUUAUUAUCAUGAGCAGUGAAAUUUACUCUAACAACUAUUAAUUUCAUGUAAAACUAGAGGUGUUUACCUAUAAAUAGAUAUAAAAUUCAUUGACAGAUGGUGCAAAUCAAACAUUUUACAGCAUCGCCAAAAAUAUUCAAGACGUGCAAAUUGGCUGUGGCGGGGCAAAAUACUUAGCGCCCCACCGUGCAGCAAGAAAAUUAUUGUGAAUCAAAGCAAACCUAUUUUAGUUAUGCAGUCAACUCCUGAUAACUUAUAAAAUUCACUGGCAACAGAUGGUGCAAAUCAAACAUUUUACAGUGCCGCAAAAAAUGCCUAAUUUUCAAUUUUCUAGACGUGCAAAUUGGCCGCGGUGGGACAAAAUACUUAAUGCAGCCCUCCAGCGUGGCAAGAAAAUUAUUGUGAAUCAAAGCAAACCUAUUCUGGUUAUAGUUUUGAUAAAGCCUCUCACUUUCCAGAGUUUCAGGCAACAUUAUUUUUCACACGAAAUUGAGUGGGCGGUUUUUACUGAGACUACCUCUUAAAUCUCAUUUAUAAAGCAUGAGUUCUAAAAAAUAACUAUUAUUGUCUGCAGGCAAAUAGUCCACAACAGUUGAAGAAGUUCUAUGAGAAAAGCAAAACUGUGACCCCAAAGUGAGUGAAUAAUGACAGAUUUAUUUACCCGUACACUUGCAAGGUAUAUUAAUAGGGGUACAUUCUGUACUGUUUUUGAAUGAAUUGACUUGAAGCUUUCUUGUACAAUAUUUUUUGACAGCAUUCCAGCGGGUACUUCAAGUGACUUGAAAGACCUUCUUAUUAGGCUGCUCAAAAGGAACCCACAAGACAGACUUGACUUUGGUAAAAAUCAUCAUUUUUUGAUUUUCCUCUGUUACUUUUGUUUAAGAUUGUUGUGGUACUUGAAAAGGAUUCCAGUGUGUAUAGUUGAUUCCAAUGCAAUUGUACAGCAUGACAUGUCUUCAAGAUACAGCUGAGAUUAACACCUUUUCUAGGAUUUUUAAGUCUGCAAUAAUUUAUUAAAUUUUGUAUUAAAGAGGUUCACUGUCAUUAGCCAGGUCAAACUAUUAUGUUCUCUUCCACUUUUUUAAAAUUAAAUGUAUAAUUUACAAAGUUAUUGUACAGUUCAUGGCUCACGUUUUGAAGACUUUACAAAUUAAUGUUGUUAAAAGCUAACAGUAAAGGGUUAAUUUAUGUAUUAAACUCUAACAUAGUCUUUUCAUCUUGCAGAUAAAUUCUUUUCCCACCCCUUCUUGACUGGUCAGGUCCCUCGUAGUGCUUGUAAGUCAGACAACAUUAAUUUUGUUUGUGUGGUUGUGUGCCACAUGAACUAAAUGUGUUGGAUAGAUGCACCAUAUGCUGUUAACAUACCAAGGGAGCUGUGCAAGGCCAAAGUGAAACAAAAUGAAUUUUCCUACAAGUGAAUGGCCAUUUGCAUGUGCAUUUUGAUAAUUUAUUCUUGUUUCUGUAAUUACCGUUACUAUGAGCUUGUCCCCAGAAACAACUUUCUAGUUGUUCAAUUCCCUGCUUACUAAUUAUUGCAUAAAACCGGCAACUUGACAAUUAAUGUUAGUGAUAGCUCUCACCAUAUUCAGCUUGCACUGUAAAACUUUUUGGUGCAUGCCCAAAGCAGUAAAUGUUUGUCAAAGGCAGCAUUCGCUAAAUAUUUGGAGUGACCGUUGCAGAUGAGCCAAGGUUUCAUCACCAGGUUCAGUUACGAUACGAGCGCUAGUUUCCUCCUAAAUAGGCUCCACUGGGACAAUCUUCCACAUGUUGAAAGAAGCUAAUGCCAUAUUAAUGUUUAAAACAAUGAGCUUUUCCCUGUGUACCUGCAAGAUUAUUUUAUUUAACAUCCGGAGUACUAUGUAUAACCUAAAAGAUUGUAAAAUUAAACUAGACCUGCCCAAACCUCGCACAAACCAUCACAAGCGUAGCUUUUGGCUACAGUGGGGCGGUCCCAUGGAAUAGCCUACCCCUCAGCUUAAGGAAAUUGGACUCUCUUGGACGCUUUAAAAGGGAAAUUGACCGACAUUACAACAACAAUCGUUCAGGCUCCCACACGCCAAUCUUGUAAUUUAACAGCUAUUACUUUAUCAUUUUUUAUUGUAAUACUGAGGAUUCUACUGGAUAUAAAAAAUUAAAGUAUGUAUGUAUGUAUGUAAUAAAAAAUAAGGUAAAGAGUAAUGUCGGAGAUAAAGUUCAACAAUGUUUUAGUGUGAGUCACGAUUAUGCCACUUUCAAAUUCAAACAGUCUAGUUGAUGAACUAGCUGUCCAUAAACUGUCAGAAACAUCUAAAAAUACAUUUCACGACUCUUUUACUAAAUUGUUAUUGUUUAUCAUGAUGGAAAAGAAAAUUUACUAGUCAAGUUAAUAUUAUAAGUUUCUUUACUUUUACAUGUGCCUGAAAAAUUCAUAAUACUUAUCAUUGUUUAGAGCUUGAGUAUAAGAGAAUAACUAUCAGUUAAAUCGUACGAACUAAAGUUCCCUUGAUGUUUUCUUUUGUUUUUGCCUAAAGCCACACCAGUAGCUGUACCAGUUAGUCAACGGAAAUUUUCAAGUACUUCCCAGGGAACACGAUCACCUUCGUAUUCACCAGUAAGUUGAUGAAAAUAAUAGUAAGAGUAUAACAGUUCUAGAGUAUUGAUGACUUAAGCAGUUCUGAUGGCUACCCCAAGGAACAUUUCACUUGAAGUAAAGCAACAUUGCAAAAGCAUUUUGUUUAUUUUGUUCUAAGGUUCUGAAUUCUUUAUACAUGUUUAUUGGCUGAAAAACAGUUGUUGAAGUAUUAUUAUCAAGAAAAUAUGGAAUUUUACCACACAAACUGUUAUCUCAAAAACUGUUAGCAGUUCCCUAAUGAUUGUUCGGAGCAUGUAGAAUGCAAGCCCUUUUAUGGAUUGAACAUGGACUGCUUGCAGUCUAAAGUAAUUUUAAUGUUUUUCAUCCUUCUAAAGAGCUAUGGUGCUGAAGCUUUGGGUGACAUACGUGUUGAUCUCCUUCCUUGUGUGACUCCACCCAAUGACCCAACUGUUAUGUCGCCCCAGGAUCCACCCACUAUCAUGAACAUCAGCUCCUCAGGAAACAGUAAGUUCUGUUUUUUGUUUUUCAGUAGCAGUUAGCAGCUUGUUAAGUAUUUAAGUGCAAUGGUGUUAUGUGCAAUUUGCUUUUCGAUUUUGUGCUUAACAUUAGUGCAUCAUUUAAGCCUCCAGUGUACAGAGAGAGUUGUAUUGCAUUUAUACUUCCUGUCUCUUUCUCACAUGAAUGGGUCAAUCUGUUUUUAAGCUACUUAUUUUUGCUCUCAUUUUUAAUGCACAUGUAGAUUAAUGAAGAGUCACUGCAAAAAGGGCCCUCAAAUUGACAGUGAUUUCGUCUUUUUUUGAUUCUAUUCAUAUCUCUUAUUGUACAUAAUAUUUCACCUUUUAUAGUCCACAUUCAUAUUUUCAAUUGAUAAAUUGACACUAGUGUAUUUUUUAUUGUUUUUAGUGUAUUUUUUAAUUUUUUAUUAUCCUACAAUGUAUUAACAUUUUUUACAUGGCCCAUAAGCUAUAUUAUUAGCUUUAAAACCCACCGUGUUUAAAUAAAAGAUGCUUUUUUUUUCUUUUUUAGAUACAAAUUUAAUUGGACAUGUAAACUAAUUAUGAUAUCAUGGUGAUUUCUUGUCCUGAGUUGCUGCUCUUUUGAACCUGUUUCAAUUUUGUUGUGUUGAUGUAUCCGCAAUGUUUGGUGUGGGUGUUAACAAAAUACCUGUCUUAGUGGGCAAAAUAUUUUCAUCUGAUGUUUUGGAACAUUAAUUCUGAUUAUUGAAAUCCAAUGAUGGUGAUGAUAUGAUUUAUUCUGCAUGUAGAUUCCAGUGCUCAGUGUAGUUCUCCAGCAACUCCAGAUGAUGAAUUAGCACCUGAGGUUUGUUCCAUAACUUGAUAACUUGACUCACUACUGAGCCUUUUAGUCUUAGUUAAAUAUCAUGUUUGAAGAAAUAAAAUAAUAUAGACUGCAAAACAGUCAUUUUUUUCUCAAAAUCAGUAAAGAAAUCGGUAAAGCGUGGUGUAAGAGUCUUGCCCGCGAGAAGGGCGUGUGAGACGAGAGAAAAAAAAUUAUAUUUAGCGUCUCUCCCCAGUCUCGCUCUCUGUUUUCAGCCUCGUUCCAGACCUUUUGUUUGACUGCUCGCGCAUACUUGAAUAUGCAAAAAAUACGGACUGUUUUGCAGUCUAAAAUAAAUACAGCACAAAAAAUUAUUUUGUUGCGAUAUACCUACACGUAUCUGUUUUUCUUUUUUGUUGUAGGGCUUUGUCCUUGUUCCCUCAAACCCUGAGAAUCCAAGUAAGUGGCUUUUUUUAAACAGAGCAUCAACACGAAGAAGGGAACUGUUGUUUUAAUAUGCAUCUGUUCUAAGGGGUGUGCCAUUGGUAGCUGAGUGAAAGACUGUUUAUUAUUGUUAGUUUCUAACUAACUGACAUGAUAUAUUGCAUUUUAAUUUGCUCCAGGAUUUCAACAACAAAGAAAUCCCUCAGAUCCACUUUUUCCUUUCUACAAGUGAGUUUAUUUUGCCUGCUGUUUUCCUUUUUUCAUCAUCUUCAACCUGUUCUAAUGGUUAUCAUAACAUUUUGUCCUUCUUGUGCCCUUCCAUUCUUACCAUUUUUGCUGUCAUUUGUUUCUGUCCUUUAAAAGCAUUCCAUUGACGUAAGAAAAAAAUUUAUUAUUGCUUCCAUUAAAGUAGAAUCCUGGAAAUUCCAACCAAAACUGACUUUCCUUAUCCUCAACAAAACACUGUAAUUCUACUCCAGACUUUUCAAGGCGUUCAGAUGAUCAUUUAAACCAAUUUCCUUUUCCCCAGGAGGAUUGAAAAAGUUAGAUUCCAUUCAGGCCAAAACUCAGUCUUAAAAUACUUGAGGAUGAAGCUACAACUUCGCGUAGCUUGGAUGACCAUUCCAAGGGGUGUUCCUUGCCAAAUGCAUUGACACUCUAGAAAGAAUGUUAUUAUAAACAAUAACUUUUAGAUGAGUUCAGCCUUGACUGAUAACACUUACACUGUACAGCGUGGGUGUACGUCAACCUUGAUUAUUCCAGACAUCACAAAAGCAGAAUAUAGCAUUUGUUUUAUUAUACAUUGUUUUGGAGAAAAUAAUGACAAACACCAUCACAGAGAACAUAGUGAAACAUUGCUCUUGGAAAUCAAGCAUAGUGGUUGUAACCUAUUGUACAGCCAGUUAGUCAGCUAGGUUGCACUCAUUUCCAAAAUUAACUGGAGAAGACUGAUAGUGAGUGCAGUGUAUAAUAACUAUCAUAAUUGUGUUUCGUUUCUGCAGUCAAUCACCUCCAAGGCCUAGCAGCCGCCCUUACUCUCAAUCCCCUCCAUUAUCCCGCACACCACAAAGAGCCACAUUUACAGUUGGGUCCCCUUACUCUACAUCACCUUCCUCCCCUCGCAUGCAGCAACCAGCACUCCACAGUCCGAACUCCUCUCCCUCCUCAGCGGAAUCCUCACCCAUUGAAAUGAGAAUACGGAGACGUACAAAUUCUUCCCCUCGGAUUGUACCUCGCGGGGAGCUGUCUACCUCGCCCCGGCCAAUACCUAGGCCACAUACAGUGUCUGGAUGUAUUGGUGGUAAGCAAGGGUCUUCACGAAAGUCUCCUUCACCCACUCAACAUGAUUCAAGCACAAGUGGUAGUGCUAGAAAACAGCAGAAUAGCUCUCCCAAAUUGUCUGGCACCAAGGGUACCGUCAAAGGUUCAACCAUGAGUAAGGGUGGCCAGGAAAGCAGUCCCGUGUUUCAGAAAGAGGUACCAGCUCAAUUUGGUACUAAGGCAUCUCCUACAACUCUCACUGAAGCUGUACAAUUGAUGAAUGAGCAAGCGCUGGCACCAGAUGCCGCAGCAUUUGCUGGAUUCUCAAGCACUGAUGUGAACAAGGGUCUCGCGCGGCCUGCUUCUUGUAAAAUUAGAAGAGCACUGUCAAAUAUCGAGCAUUUAGUCUCUAAAGAUACCUCACCCAUCUUGACAGCCUUGGUAUGCCAAUCCAAUGCAGGAAUGGGCAUCCCAAUAACAGAUCUCUCUGAACCCGGUGCAGAAAACAAACAGAUGAUUCGUGUACAUAGCUGCCCAGCCAUCCUAGCCAUGGGUCUGCCUCGCAAAACAGGGACGUUGUUAACUACACCAGGAUUCCAGCUUGGGGGAGGAGCUACACCUCCAGUUUACCAUCGGAGUUUAAGUGGAGGGUACUCUCCCUUGAAGGCUAAAACCCCUCCCCUUUCAUCUUCUCCCUCGUCUACAGCACUCCCCACCAUACCUGGCUCUCCUACCAAGACGUCCCACAGCAACAAAGAUUCAGCUGUUGACCCAGACAAAGAGAUGAAGCCAUUAAGGGGCCUGUUCACUGUAGGCUCUUCAUCACCCCUGGACAGUGACACUGGGAUAUUUUGCUCUCCUGGACAGAAUUUCCAGAACAGAAAGACGAUUACUGGAGAGAAACCUGCUGUUGUGAGUCAAGGUACAGUGUGCUUGGAAGAUUAAAUUAAUUUAAGUACUGUGAAUAAUAUUCUGAUUUUGUGAUCAUUGUUAGGGUGUCCUUCUCCCUCGUAGCCCAUUUUUAUUUGCCACUUUAAAUUUCUCAAACUUAGCCUAUAUAACAGCAAUUUGAAAGAUCAGCGUUACACUCUAUGAAUCAAAGUGGAACUAACCCUGGUUUGUAACCAGGUGAUACACAGCUCUGAAAAUCAGCAAGAGGAAUGGCCACCCCAAGUCGUCUUGUAAAGCACGUAGAUCAUACUACCUGACUGCUCUCGUUUGAUUGCUAUCAGAAUGGGCCAUUUGCACCAUGACAUCAUUUACUACUACGACCAGAAUCCUCCAGGGUUUUCCUUUCUUGUGCAAAUUACGGCUUUUGUCAUUUAAAUCUCGCUGGGAUUACCAAGAUUUAAAUAUGAAAAGAAAAAGGAAAAGGAUUCUGGUCCUAGUAGUAAAAUGACGCCAUCGUCCAAAUGGCCUGUUGUUGCACAGGCGAUCGUCAGCCGAGAGAAAAAAAAUAGGAUUUCAAUAAGAAGCUGGCGAUGAGGCGGGAAGAGAAAAAGGGAGACACCCCUCUCCCCGUUCACCUCCUUGCUUUCUCUUGUCUCCAGUCACGCUGUGCUUCUAUAAGUAUAGUCUAAGUACCGUUGUUCUAUUAUUAAAACUCAGUUAUCAAGUAACUGGACCAAACAGAAAUAAAGGAAUAUACCUUUCCUCGAUUCCUGUUAACAAAGGCACCAACUUAAUCCCAUUUCAUUGUAUGAUCUCACCAGUGACAUGCAGGAGAGGUCUAUACUCAACUGCUGACACAAUGAGUGAAGACAAGUGGAAUAAAAUCAUUUCUACAAUUUCCAGUCUAUUACUAUUGCAGUAAAAAAGUAAAUUUCACGACUUUGAGUCGUUAUUUACUGACAUUUGCUUCAGGUACAAAAGUGACCUGGGGAUUUGGAGAAAGCUCACCUCCCAAGACCCCUAAACACGUCAUGGUCGCCAAGGAAACGGAGGUCAUGUCACCUGAUAUGGAAGGACCUAUAGCUCUUGUUGCACCUGAACUACCUGAAGAUACACUGUUGGAUGUAAGAGAACGACACUAACUGAUUUUAUAAGUGGUGCUUUGGACUCUGCUUGCUAAAUUCUGAAUGAAACUAGAAACAGUGAAUUGAACUUCCUCAGUUUACCCUUGUAUAUUUGUGUUAUUCGAUAAGAUUUGGGCGAGCAGAACAUAGAACGUUUUCACAUGACGCCACGUCCGCCAUAUUAGGGACUUAACGAUCCGACAACGCGACGGCAACGAAAACGUCGCUUCAAAAAUGAAUUUGCGAUCUUUCGGUCUUAAUCGCGAUUAUUCCAACUCACUUACUUCGUCAAAUGUAGGGGAACCCUUCCGGAGUUGAAUUUCUAAAAAUCAAGUUUAGAAGAGAAUAAAAUUUCGUCGUCGCUUGUUUACGUCCUCCCUAAAAAGUAAAAUUAGGCAAUUUCACAUUGCACAUAUUUCGCGGAUCUUGCAGGUCAUGUAGGUCAAAUGUUCGUAAGAAGGAGGGUAUCACCAAGACCGCAAGGGUGGACCUAGGAAAAUCUUUAGUCUAUGUGAUCAAGCCAAUCCUAGUUAACUAACACAAAAUUCUAGCAAAAUGUAUUUUUUACUCAUCUUGUUUGACUGAAUUUAUGAAUCGCAGACGGAACAUACCGAAGGAGUCAAGAAACUAAGAUUUGUUGUUGGAUUGGUGGAUGCCAUUCUAGAAGUAAUCAGUUCUAGGGGAACUCCUUUCACGGUUCUUGCUGAAUCCGUGGCCAUCAGACAAGUGAGUGCGGACAAUUCUCCGAGUUUUAUUUUCGGAUCAAAAUCAGGAUAAUGAUGAGCUUUCAACUUUUGGAGGAAUUGAUCAGUGACUUUAACUAUCGUUUUGACCGUCUUGCAGAAUGAAAGCUUUCUUGCGGAUCAGAUUGGUCUAAGGAGCGACGAGUUAAGGUAGACAACAGUUAUGUUUUCUUAUCUUCCAUUAUAACUGGGGAUGGGAUUAGGGGUUUAGUCAUAGUACAACAGCUUUUUCAUACUUGACAGGUGAUCGGAAAAACAGAGGUUGAUGUAUUUUUGUUCUUAGGUUUUAUUUUUUGCUUUUUGCGCAUGACAUGAUUAGAAAAUUUCAAUUGCAAGUUAGAUACAGUAUCUCCAACCUGGAAUAAAUUAUGCGUUUAUUGAAGGAGGUAAUUGGUUAAUUCCUCUCCUAAGCGCAAAAUGAUAAAAAUUUCCAACAUUUGAUAAAUUGUGUCCGCUACCAGGACAUUUUCGCCAAAACUCGUAGUAGAAUGAUGACGGCUACGUGUAUCAUUUUUCCCGCCAAAAUGAUGGUCCACUUAGUGUGGAGAAAAUCCCGUCUUCGUAGUCGUCGUCGUCUUAGAUUUUAAACGUCGUUAUUGUUCCAGCACUCCAUUUUGCUACAAGUAUCCUAUUGGGAAGGGUUACGGUAAAAAGUUCCAUCCCCGCGAGAAUCUAUUAUUAGUCAUUUGUCUAGUUGAUUGUACUCUCCGUCACUAACAUGCCAGCAUCUUUGCAGGAAAAUGGAACAGCUUGUUCUGUACGUUAAAGCCCUCCGUGCGCUUAAUCUCUCCUUGCUUUUUGCACAAGGGGAAAUCUCUGUUGGACAUUUGAAGCCCUCGAAUUCCGUCAAAAACGGUAAGAAACUCAUACGUAAGCGCAUAAAAAGUUACACUUUUUUCGGGUGGGCACGAAAGUUGGCGGUUGAAGGUCAGGCAUAAAGUACAGUCGAACCACGUUAAUACGAACGCUCAAGGGACCAUAGAGAGUCCGUAUUAGUACGCGGGUUUUUUUUUUUAAAGUCAAAAAACACCACUUAUUAGAGUAAAAUUCUAAAGAAAUAAAAGAGCACAUUAGCAUCAUCAAAUUAAACAUCUCAAACCUUUACAAAGCUGUCAUUCCGCGAACUAAAUCUACGCGGGAAACACUCAAAAUUCGCUCAUCUAUAUAUUGCUUAAUCAAACCGUUCUCUGCAUAACUCGUUUGAUGCCAAAAUAAUCUGAAAUUGACGUCUACAAAUCAUCCUAUCCGGAGUACUGUAGCGCUAGGAACAUCGACACGCUGUCGUCAUUUGAAGGAUUUUUUUGCCUUUAAAAACAAAAAAAACUUAUUAUAGUACACCGUUGAUAAUGAAGUGUCCGCAUUAGCGAGGAUGACUUUCUAUGAGAAUCUGUUGAUUGGACAAGAAACAAGUGUCCGUUGUCCGUAUUAACGGGUUGAAUUUAGAGGGAAAUGUGAGGGCUUUCCCCAGGGACAGAAAAACUGUCCCAAUUAAGCGAGUGUCCGUAAAGCGUUGUUCGACGAUAGGUGGAGGGCGAAGCUGCUUUUAGAUCAUCUGCUGAUAGAAAUCCCAAGUUUGCCUUCUAAUUGUUUUAAUAACAUUCUGCUAGUAUUCUGCUGCAAUCUAUGAACACUUUCUGGUGUUUUCUUUACAAUUAAUUAUUGGUAUAUAACCACUGGUUUUCUCCCUACUUAGGAGCCGAAGGAUAAGAAAUACUUAAGCUAAUCAGAGUGCAGGAUUCUCAGAAGUGUAUUUUUGUAGCAGAAUUCUAGUAUGUAAAAUUGAUAUUUGAGAAAAGCCAAAUGGUACAAAAUAACUACAACAACAACCGUUGAGGUCGAGAAACCAAAAGCCAGAUUUGUAAUCUGUGCUGGUCAAGCGCGGCAAAUCUACUACUCUUUGCCAAGCUUUAAAAGAUGUUUUUUCCUGUGUUCAUUUUUUUAGUUCUAAACGAUCUAAACAGUCGCUAUCAUCAGUGUUUACAGAAGGCUUCGGAGCUGAAGCAGCUUAUCGAACCAGGGUUACAAUCCCUUGAUGGAAAAGCUAUGACAGUGAGUUCAUUUACCCAAUAGAAAUAGAUUCUUUACUGAUACAGCUAUUUCGAGAAUGGUUGUCGGAAAAAGUGCACGCGAUAAUCCCGAAAGGUAUUGUGGGUGGUUCCUCACGGAAAUUUGAAAUAAUGGCAUGAGAGGCCAUGGAGAUAUGUUUGCUAUAGUGCUAAAGGAAAGUGGCAAAAGUAGGUUCGAAAGCUAUAGUGUCAGGAACAGUGUAUUGAUCAUAUCCCAUAUUACCUUUCGGGAUUGUCGCGUGCACUCUUUUUCCCGUUCGAAACCAAAGCAAUUACUAACGAUUAGUUAGAAAGGAGAGUGGCAUAGUCUAACUUGAACAAAACAAGUCAGUUUUGUGCUUGUGUCUCUUACAGGUUAGUGCGGACAGGAUGAUGUAUCAAUACGCAAUGGAACAGGUAGUGCACUCUGACUUUCAAAGCUUUAGAAAUUAAACGUAUCAUUUUUCAAGUAUCGAGAAAUAAACGAACUCACCUAGGCCCUGUCUUAGCAGAAUAAACAGCAGCGUACGCAAGGAUUUACUAAUGGCCACACUUCAAAACCACAUUUCACAUACUUAUGCCAUUGGCAAAGAAAACCACAGUGCGAACCAAACAAUCAAUCAAUCACUUUUAAAAGAUAUGACGGGAAAGGAUGUUCGGAGGCAACUUUGUAACAUCAAAUCAAUCAAUCUCGACUGGCUGUACAGGACAAAAACCGAUGUUUUCUUACGAUAAGCAAGGGAUUUGUUUGAUAGAUCGUAGUUUAGUUUAAAGAGAGAAUCAUUGUAUGAUAAUUAUGUUUGUUUGGUUUUUUAAUUAGUGUCAAAACGCUGCCCUUGAUGAGCUUUUUGGAAAUCCAAAGGAGGUAAGACUUAAUCGGAUAUAAUUUUAUAAAAUACAUAUUGUGACCUGGCAGGCGUUAGAACCACCAAGGCUGGAUACAAAGCAGCGGACUACAGUGGAUCCUCUUCUUUGGGAAACCUCUAUUCAAGGGACACACAAAAUAUGGUCCCGGAAAAGUGUUCACAAAGUCUUUGUAUUUGUUACCUCUUGCGAAGAAACAUCUCUAUUCAGGGGAAACGGACACUUUUUUGGGGCCCCGACACCGAGGUUUAACCUCCAUUCAGGGGACACCUUAGCAAUCAAAAAAGUGACUGACCACUCGUUGAUAAGUUCAUGAGUGCACUCGUCACAAUGGCGACAGCUUUCAAAACAUGAAUUAACUCACUUAAAUCGAUGUGCUGCACUUGUGGGAAUUCAACACACAACAUCUCAGAGAAAAGUUGAUCGUGAUUUUUCACACAUUAUCUAGCUGCUUGAAGUAAUGACGGGAGCAGAUUCCGUAGUCUAUAAGAACAGACGCCGUUUUCGGCUGAAAUAAAAAUAUUUAAUUUGUUUGUUGAUUAUUAACAAACCCCAACCCAACCUCUUUUCAGGGGACACUUUCCUUGGUCCUGAAGGUGUCCCCUGAAUAGCGGUUCCACUUUAGGUGAUUUGAAGUGUCUUGUUCCAACGUAGCGGGAGAUUAUGACGUAAGCCGAAUACCGGUACACAAAAUCGAGGACGUGAAAAACAGUCCUCAUGAAAAGUUUCGUUUACAUUCUUUUCACUCGCAAUUUUGUCCUCUCAUCCUUUUCUGCUCAGUGCAAGAAGAAAUACGAGACAGCUCAAGUACUCCUUCAAGGUCUGGAAGAAGACGCCCAUACUGAUGAAGAUCGGCAGCUACUACACAAAUGUAUCCUUUUAUAUCUUGUUAUCGUUUGCUUCAUGUUUAUCCCAAGUGCUCAAAGCACGCAACAUGUUGCGUUUUUCAUUAAUUACAGUAGUUUUAAAAAUGGUUUCGGCGGGUUAGAAAUCCUUGUUUUCUUCAAGUAG